UGCAACUGCUAGUGCAUGGCAACCCUAACGUGGCAGCAACAGAAACCAACAGAUACAAACUCUCUCCCUAUUAAACGGAAAGCUUUUGUUUCAACCUUUUUCUCUCUCUUCUGUCUCCCUUGCGAGAAGGUUCUUGCCUCGAACGAGAAGAUGAAGCACUUAUCGUCCAUUGCCAUUGAUGUCGUCGACAGUUCUGCUCUUAAGUUGAAUGCUUCGGUGGAGAAAUUGGUGGAGGAGUAUGAAGCAGAGUGGAAACCUGAAAUAAGUGGGUACUCAAAGAAAUUUGUGGAGUUUUGUUGCUCGAAGGUAAUUCGGGAAGAAUGUAAAUAUAUAGAAGAGAAGAUUAGCGAUGGGUCUUUUAGCCGAUUCACUUUUGAUGCGAUGCGUGCCUGGGAGAUGCCUAGUUCCCAAGAUGAGGAGUCUCGUAUGGAAUGCGAGGGAAAGAGCAGAGAAGAAAGGAAAAUAUCUGCAAGCAUUGAUCAGGAACAAGAGGAUAUCUCUCUUUUCUAUACAGAUCUCAUGCCACUUCUUCAGGCUAAUGAUGAGCCAAGUGUUGGAGAAGAUGCAUUUGUAUGGUUGGGCUCAUUGGUCCCAUUAACUGCAGAUGUUGUUAGUGGAAGAUUUACAUUUGAAACUCUUACAGCACCUACAGGCAACCGCCUUUUUUUCCCUGCUUAUGACAAGUUCUUGAAAGAAAUGAACAAAUGCAUAAAGCAUUUGCAAAGUCAAGCAAAGCCAAAGGGCGUGGAGCUCGCUGAUGAUGAAUUUAUAUUACAUGUUGAAGGCACUGCAAGCUCACAAAGAGUAGUGCGCCAUAUUGGAGGAACGAGUUGGCCUGGUAGGCUUACAAUAACAAAUUACGCUCUAUACUUUGAGGCCUCAAGAGCAAUAGGAUACGACGAUGCACUUAAGAUUGACCUGUCAAAAGAUGUUGAACACACAAUGAAGCCAACUGCUACUGGUCCAUGGGGUGCUCCACUUUUUGACAAGGCUAUAAUCUACGAAUCUCCUGAAUUGUCGGAAGGAAUUGUGUUGGAGUUUCCAGAGAUGACUAGCUCCACCAGGCGAGAUCACUGGCUUGCACUCACCAAGGAAGUUAUGUUGAUGCACCAGUUCUUGUCAAAGUAUAAGGUGGAUUGUCCAAUACGGUCGUGGGAAAUGCAUUCAAGAACAAUAUUGGGCAUUGUUAGGCUCCAUGCUGCAAGAGAAAUGCUUAGAAUAUCACCCCCUGCUCCCACAAAAUUCUUGAUCUUUGCUUUAUUUGAUGAGUUACCUAAAGGAGAUUAUGUACUACAAGAGCUUUAUGAGAGCCUAAAAAAAGUUAAUACUGGACAAUCAUGCAGUGCUAGUUUAGUUCUAAGGAGCUUGAACAUGUCUCGAACAGUUGUCUCAGGCAUAGAAUUUAAAGAAGCGAGCAAGGAAAGCAUAAGUGAUCAAGAUAGCAUUCAUUCAUUGGAGAGUGCCAUUAAUCAAACCAGAGAAGAAGCAAAGGAAACCGAUUUUGCCAAAGCUACUGCUGAGGGGUUGAAAGAAGAAGGGAUUGGGGAAACUGCUGCAAUUCUUAUGGAGUUGCUAAAGCCACUUAAAAGUAUAGCACCUUGGUUUCAAGACGUAAUUUCAUGGAGAAGGCCGGUAACCACCUUUGCUGUGAUUGGUGCAUCUUUACUGAUUUUCUACAAGGAGUGGAUAGGCAAAUCCAUUGCUGCUUUCUUGUUAUGGGCUGUAUCACAGAUGCUACGUGCAAGGCUAGGAAGAGUUCAAGAUCAAUGUAACGAGAUAGUAGUGCCCACAGGUAAGGACCAGAAGACCACAGUGGAGAACAUAGUGGCAGCUCAAUUUGGAUUGAAAACGGUUCAUGAGUUGAUGCAAGCCACAAAUGUAGCAAUCCUGAAAAUGUGGUCGAUUAUGUGCUCAAAAUCUCACAAGCAUGCAGACAUGACAAUGAUGGCAAUGGUUCUAUUGGCAAUCAUCUUUGCAGUAAUACCCUUAAAGUACAUAAUCAUGUCAAUCACACUCUAUGGCUUCAUUGUGACAUCAAAGCUAGGGAAAUACAUGGAAAAUAAACAAGGAAACAGAAGAUUAAAAGAAUGGUGGGAUUCAAUCCCGGUCAUCCCUGUCCAUAUUGAAGACAAAGCUUCAUAAGGCACUACUUAGGUUAUAGGUAAUAAGCAGUUUUGACUUAUGUUAAUACAUACGCUGCGUUUCUGCAUUUUUUUUUUUUUUGUGGCUAAGAGUGAGUUGCAAUAUUUAAUUUUUUUUUUUUUUUUUUUUGUAUCUACUUCAGUUUUAUUGAGUAAUGUGUCUGGUCUUUGGGGUCAUGCAGAAAACUUAUAUAGAAAGCGCCAGAUAGUAUUCUUA